AUGUCUUCUUCACAUACAACCCUAGACGCUGCUGCUGCCGACCGCAAAGCCCGCCUUGCAAAAUUAGCAUCCCUGAAGAGACAACGACCCGAGCCCGAGACCGACACUGCGGACCAAAGCAACUCGACGGGCAGCACAGCGCCUCAGUAUUUGUCUGGUCGAAACUACGACUGGGAAUCAAGGGGCGCAAAGCUCGGAUUUGAGAGCGACCCCACGCGAGAUGCCAUUACGCUAGAAGACAAGGCUGCUGAAAUCGCUGCUGUGACGGCUCAUGCAGCGCAUGAAAACGAAGACGCCGAUAAACCUAUUGACCUAUUUAACCUACAACCGAAGAAGCCUAACUGGGACCUCAAACGAGACCUUGAGCAGAAGAUGAAAGUGUUGGAUGUCAAGACCGAGAACGCCAUGGCCCAGCUCGUCAGGCAGCGGAUCCAAAAUUCACAAUCUGCGAUGGAAAACCAACGGACGAGUGGUGGAGACGAGGAGCCCGCCGGUAUUGACGGUGAAAUGCUCGUGCAGGGAAUUCACUCUCUUGAACGGGAAGAAAUAGAACAAGCGGAGACUUUUGCUGAGCGGAAUGGCUCUCGAAACCAGGACGAUUUUGUGGAUGGGCUCUCCUAUCGCGUGGGGACCUUGCACGGCGCCUGUUCGGCUCAGGGGGAUGCGAAUGCCGGGGUCGUUGUUGUCGGCUUGUAUAGUCACGAUUUUGAGCCUGUUCAUCUCUCGCGGGAGGGCUGGAGGCAUCAGACUCAACCUCUCGCCUUUUCACCACCUGUCCUGCUGGAGAACGAGCCCUUGAUUGCGAAGGCGAGCUGUGUCUGUCUCGUUGCGGACGGCUGGGGGGUGACACCGAGCGACUAG